AUGACGACUGACUCGCUCCCGAUCUACGAUCUGUGGGUGGCCGGGGAAGAGAAGCCAGGACAAGCAGAGCUAUUAUCAAUUGAGGAUCCGGCAACCGGCGAGGUGUUUGCGUACUGCCAUGCCGCCUCGGUACAAGACGUCGAGACCGCCGUCACUGCAGCCCACAGCGCAUACACAUCCGGCAUCUGGUCUCGAGCCAGCCGCCAUCACCGGGCCGACAUCCUCGACAAAUGCGGCUCUCUCCUCGCGGAGUCACUCCCCGAGCUGAUCAGACUUGAAGUGCAACAGACCGGCCGCGUCAUCAAAGAGAUGCAAGCCCAGGUCCCAUCGCUCGUGCGCUGGUUCAAGUACUACGCCUCUCUCCUCCGAGUCGAAGAGCGCUCCGUGCUCCCGACCGUGGGCCAAUUGCACAAUUUCAUCGACCGUGUCCCACUCGGCGUUAUAGUGCAAAUCACUCCGUUCAAUCACCCGCUCCUCAUUGCCGUCAAGAAAUUGGCCCCUGCUCUCGCAGCAGGGAACAGUGUGAUCAUCAAGCCCAGCGAAUUGACUCCCUUAACGUCCAUUCUCCUGGGGAAGAUCCUGGCGCAGGCAGGUAUUCCAUCAGGUGUAUUGAGCGUUCUGCCCGGCUUGGGCGCGACGACGGGUAAAGCGCUGGUCUCGCAUCCUCGUGUUCGGAAAGUCGACGUGACGGGCGGAACGGUUGCCGGACGAGCGAUUGGCUCUAUUGCGGGCGGCAAUCUGGCCGCUUAUACGGCCGAACUAGGUGGGAAGGCGCCCCUGGUGGUCUUUGACGACGCCGACAUUGACGUGGCGGUGAAUGGCAUCGCGUUUGGGAGUUUCAUCGCCAGCGGACAGACAUGCAUUGCGAGUACCAGGAUCAUCGUGGAUCACAAGAUCCAAGAACAAGUCCUGCAAAAGCUACAAUCCAAACUCAAAUCAAUCACCAAGAGAAUGGGAAGCCCGUCCAACCCGAACUCAGUCAUGGGUCCACUAGUCUCUCAAAAGCAGCUCCUCCACGUCGAGCAUCUAGUCCAGACAUCGCUGGCAACCGACAAGGCCACCGCUCUCACGGGAGCAAAGCGCAUGACCGGAACAAGUCCGCUCGACGACACCGACUUUUCCAAGGGCUACUUCUACGAGCCUACGAUUCUCGUCUCCGGCAACGGCAGCAAAAGUAUCACCGAGACAUCCAUCUGGCGUGAAGAAGCGUUCGGUCCAGUGAUCGUGGUUGUUGGCUUCGGGGACGAAACCGAGGCUAUUGCCCUGGCCAAUGAUACCGAGUUCGGUCUCGGAACGAGUAUCUGGACCAAAGAUCUGUCUCGGGCGUUCCGGGUCUCUGAGCAGAUCGAGGCGGGCAUUGUCUGGGUGAAUACGCAUCAUCGCAACGAUCCGAGUAGUCCGUGGGGAGGUGCCAAGGCUGCGAGUGGCGUGGGAAGCGAGAAUGGGGUGGAUGCCUACCAUGCGUAUACGACUACGAAGAGCACGAUCAUCAAUUAUGCUCCGGCUGAGACGUCGCGCAGCAUGGAUGACUGGUUUGGGGAGAAGGGUGAGGAUAUACGAUAUGGCUGA